GCAGCCUCGAGGCGCGCGCUCGUGCCGCAGUGGGCUACACUGCCCGCGAGCGACGGUGCCGUAGUUGCGGAGAACCGGCUAUCGGUCGAGGUCACAGCGGUCGAGGGCGGACGCCACUCAUUGCGACCAGUAGUGCCUCAGGCAAUAAGGCAGGCAAGCAGCGGUCGUCCAGAGCUCUGCCGCGGGACGCGCGUCACGCAUGCGCUACACGGCGACGCUGACGUUUGACUACAAGGACGCGCGAUCCGCCGAGGCGGUAGAGGCCGCGCUCUCCGUGGACGCCGAGCUGAGCGCCUCCGUGCAACGAGAGAGCCGCGUCGACGGCGCGAGCGUCGUCGUCACGUUCCGCUGCGACGACGCCAAGCAGCUGCGCGUGAGCGUCGGCGGCUUUUUCGAGUUGGCCGAGGUCGCCUCCGCGGCUGUCGCGGCGUUCGCCUAGUAAACAUGGAGGCCACGCCGCCGCGGAUAACGUUCCGCGAUGCGCAGCACCGCGUGCACAUGGACAUAGUCAAGACGCGCAUGUUCCUACUGGGCCUCGGCAGCGGCACGACCCUGACCUUAUUCAUCGCGUCCAUCCUCCUCAUGGUCGCGUCCUACUCGCCGACGGCCGGCGCAAUCAGCGUAAUCUGCGGCUGGCCCUAUCCGUUGUACCGCGCGGCCUUCCUGGCGUCGCUCUGUGGGCUGUUGUACGGCGCGGUCGUCUUCGCGUGGCGGCGGAACUCGGUCGAUUUCCGACGAGCAUUGCACCUGUCGCCGGCGGUCACGUACCAGGCGAUCCUCUCCUACAGCUAUGCGUGCUUCGUCAUCGUCUUCGCGUGUUUUGUGCUCUUCGCGCUGCUCUUACUAGCGCCGGACGCGGUGCCCGGCGCCCGAAAGUUCCGCAACACGCUGCCUCUCAUCGCCUUCAUGGCGCCGUUCCUCGUCGCGGCGUGGCCGAAGGACCGCGCGCCCGGCGCGUGCCUGGCGACGCCGGGCGCCGCGGGGGCGCGGCGCGCGCUCGCGCUGGAACUGGUGGGACCCGUGCUCGUGUCGCCCUUCUCGAAGGUGACAUUUGCGCGCACGUUCGUCGCCGACGUGCUGUGCAGCAUGCCGAAAAUUUUCGCCGACGCGCAGUACGGCUUCGCCAUCGUGUUCGACUGCGACACUGACUCGGCUACAUACAUACACAUCGGCUACGUGCUCGCGUUUCUGCCCUUUGUCGUGCGCCUGAACCAGUCGCUGCGGGCGGCGUUUGAUGAUGCCGCGCACCGACGAAAGAAUUGUUGGAAUGCCGGCAAAUAUUCUCUGCAGAUCGCGCUCGUGGCCGAGUCGAUACGCGCGCAACAUAGCGUGCCCUGGUUCGCGCUGGCGCUCACGUCGACGCUGUGCAAUUUCUUCUGGGACGUGCACAUGGACUGGGGCCUGCCGCGCCAGCACAAGCGGUUCCCGGCGUGGUUCUACCCGUCCGCCGUCGCCUCGAACUUCGUGUUAAGGUUGGGCUGGGCGGUCUACGUUUCGCCGGACCAGAAGGUCGUGGCGCAACACGUCAUUCUGCUGCUCGGCGUCGCCGAGGUGUUCCGGCGGUUCCAGUGGGCCGCGCUGCGCGUCGAAAAUGAGGCCCUGAAGAUAGGUGCCGCGCCGCACGAGGGGCUGCGGUACGACUCGGUCGGUGGCGCGCCGCCGCUCGUUUAAAUUCAAGUUUUUUACAU